AGCCUGGUCAUUAGUAUCGCUGACGAAACGCUGCAUCGUGUUCUUGAACGCACCCUGAUUUCGAAAAGCAUUGUGGGAUUGGAUACCGGCCGAAAGCUUCUCGAAGGAACUGCAAAGAUGAUGCCCACACCGGUUAUCCUGCUGAAGGAGGGGACAGACACGUCUCAGGGCAUCCCUCAGCUCAUCAGUAACAUCAAUGCCUGCCAGGUGAUUGCUGAGGCUGUCAGGACCACCCUUGGGCCCAGAGGGAUGGACAAACUGAUGGUGGACGGCAGAGGUAAGGCCACAAUCUCCAAUGAUGGAGCCACCAUCCUGAAACUGCUAGAUGUAGUCCACCCUGCUGCCAAGACCCUGGUGGACAUCGCUCGCUCCCAGGAUGCAGAGGUCGGGGAUGGCACCACCUCCGUCACUCUCCUGGCCGCGGAGUUCCUGAAGCAGCUGAAGUCGUAUGUGGAGGAAGGUCUCCACCCUCAGACCAUCAUCAGAGCAUUCCGCACCGCCACCAACCUUGCUGUCAACAAGAUCAAGGAGGUUGCUGUCUCGGUGAAGAAAGAUGACAAGCAAGAGCAGAGGCAGCUGUUGGAGAAGUGUGCAGCCACAGCCCUGAACUCAAAGCUAAUCGCUGGUCAGAAGGACUUCUUCUCCAAAAUGGUGGUGGACGCUGUCAUUUCUCUGGACGAGCUGCUGUCUCUGAAGAUGAUUGGCAUCAAGAAAGUCCAGGGAGGAGCCCUUGAGGACUCUCAGUUGGUCUCUGGAGUUGCAUUUAAGAAGACCUUCUCCUACGCCGGGUUUGAGAUGCAGCCUAAACGCUAUGAGAAUCUGAAGAUUGCUUUGCUUAACGUGGAGCUGGAACUGAAGGCUGAGAAGGAUAACGCAGAGGUUCGCGUGAAAUCUGUGGAGGACUACCAGGCCAUUGUAGACGCAGAGUGGAACAUCCUGUACGACAAACUGGAGAAGAUCUAUAAGUCAGGAGCCAAGGUGGUGCUGUCCAAGUUGCCCAUCGGUGAUGUGGCCACCCAGUAUUUUGCUGACAGAGAUCUGUUCUGCGCUGGCAGGGUGCAGGAGGAGGAUCUGAGGAGGACCAUGAUGGCCUGCGGCGGCUCCAUCCAGACCUCAGUAGGUGCCAUGACAGACGAUGUCCUGGGACAGUGUGAACUCUUUGAGGAGGUCCAGGUCGGGGGAGAGAGGUACAACUUUUUCAAGGGCUGUCCGAAGGCGAAGACGUGCACCAUCAUCUUGAGGGGCGGAGCAGAACAGUUCACAGAGGAGACAGAGCGGUCACUGCACGAUGCCAUCAUGAUCGUACGCAGAGCCAUCAAGAACGACUCCAUUGUAGCGGGUGGAGGAGCCAUAGAGAUGGAGUUGUCCAAGUACCUGCGGGAUUACUCCAGGACCAUCCCUGGAAAACAGCAGCUGCUGAUUGGAGCCUAUGCCAAGGCCCUGGAGAUCAUCCCCAGACAGCUGUGUGACAACGCCGGCUUUGACGCAACCAACAUCCUGAACAAACUGCGCGCCAAGCAUGCACAGGGUGGCAUGUGGUACGGUGUGGACAUCAACAACGAGGACAUUGCAGACAACUUUGCUGCCUGCGUUUGGGAGCCGUCCAUCGUGCGCAUCAAUGCUCUGACGGCGGCAUCAGAGGCAGCCUGUCUCAUCCUGUCAGUCGAUGAGACGAUCAAGAACCCACGCAGCUCUAUGGAUGGACCUCCAGGCGGUGGCAGGGGCAGAGGCCGCGGGAGACCCCACGCUCACUAAGAGGAAGCAAAGCAAAACCCUAUUUUAUACUGCUAUUAAAAUGCAAAUGCAGACAGAAGACUGAGUCUUCUGUUUCGGUCAGGUCAUAUUGAACAUAAACGUAGGCAAAGAUUGUGUUGAAUGUAGCCCUGCAGAUUUUACCUGCAUUUGUAUUUGAAUUCCAGGUAGAAUGAGGUGUUGUAACUAGUUACAGACACAGCAAAUGACAGAUGUAGUGAGUCCAAAGAGGGAAAAGGAAUUCAUUCUGAAGACUUUGUGAUAGAUGGCUGACAUUUCUUGUGUUCUCUUUGUCACCUGUAGUUUUUUCUCUUACUGAAGCGUUGACUUGGUUACGUCUAUUAACAUUUGAAGCACUGCGUCCUUCUACAUGUGGCCAUUUUUACUGAAAAGUGAUAGUGAAACACAAGCAGAAUGAAAGCUGGUCCCUCUUGGUGUUGAAACAAACACUCCUGUCCCCUCCAAGUCGGCUUUUCCUGUCCGACCUCAAGCUGUUCCAUAAUUUCUAAUCUGGUUUAUGUUAUAUGACAAAUGGAAAGUAAAGCACUGAUGGGAUUCCGAGCAGUUUUGAACCGUUCACCUGUUAAUGCUGUGUCAAACUAUUUAUUGGACCAUUCUUAUCAAUAAAUUCACAGCUGAAAUCA